GCCGCGGCGUGGAGCCCAGCGGGCUGUCGGUCGCCGGAGCGACCAUGCGCGGCGGCCCGGGGCUGUGAGCUGAGCGCGGCCGUGAAUGGCGGCUCGCUGAGGCGGCGGCGCGGCGCGGGCUCCUCCCGGCGUGGGGUGGCGGGGCCGGGGUGAUGCUGCUCAAGCUCCUGCAGAGACAGACCUAUACCUGCCUCUCCCACAGGUAUGGGCUCUACGUCUGCUUCGUGGGCGUCGUUGUCACCAUCGUCUCGGCUUUCCAGUUCGGAGAGGUGGUUCUGGAAUGGAGCAGGGAUCAAUACCAUGUUUUGUUUGAUUCCUACAGGGACAAUAUCGCUGGGAAAUCCUUUCAGAAUCGGCUUUGUCUGCCCAUGCCAAUCGAUGUGGUUUACACCUGGGUGAAUGGCACAGACCUUGAACUGCUAAAGGAGCUACAACAGGUCCGCGAGCAAAUGGAGGAUGAGCAGAAAGCUAUGAGGGAAAUCCUUGGGAAGAACACAACAGAACCAACAAAGAAGAGUGAGAAGCAGCUGGAGUGUCUGCUGACGCACUGCAUCAAGGUGCCCAUGCUUGUUCUGGACCCACCCUUGCCAGCCAACAGCACCCUGAAAGACCUGCCGUCUCUUUAUCCGUCUUUUCAUGCUGCCAGCGACAUGUUCAACGUUGCAAAGCCAAAAAAUCCUUCUACCAAUGUGUCAGUUGUUGUUUUUGGCAGCACUAAGGAUGUUGAAGAGGCCCAUACUGGACUAUUUAAGGGAAGCAGCAAGCAGACAGUUUGGAGAGCCUACCUGACAACAGACAAAGAAGUCCCUGGCUUAGUGCUGAUGCAGGACUUGGUUUUCCUGAGUGGAUUCCCACCGACAUUCAAGGAGACGAGUCAGCUGAAGACAAAGCUGCCGGAGACUCUUUCUUCUAAAAUAAAACUGUUGCAGUUGUAUUCGGAGGCCAGUGUCGCUCUUCUUAAACUGAAUAACCCCAAAGGUUUCCAAGAGCUAAACAAGCAAACCAAGAAGAACAUGACCAUCAAUGGGAAAGAGCUGACCAUCAGCCCUGCGUAUCUGUUGUGGGACCUGAGUGCCAUCAGCCAGUCCAAGCAGGAUGAAGACGUGUCUGCCAGCCGCUUUGAAGAUAACGAAGAGCUGAGAUACUCGUUGCGAUCGAUCGAAAGACAUGCGCCAUGGGUUCGGAAUGUUUUCAUUGUCACCAACGGGCAGAUUCCUUCCUGGCUGAACCUUGACAACCCUCGAGUGACAAUAGUAACUCACCAGGACAUUUUCCGAAACCUGAGCCACUUGCCCACAUUCAGUUCACCUGCUAUUGAGAGCCACAUCCAUCGCAUCGAGGGGCUGUCACAGAGGUUCAUUUAUCUGAAUGAUGACGUCAUGUUUGGCAAGGACGUUUGGCCAGACGACUUCUACAGUCACUCCAAAGGUCAAAAGGUUUAUUUGACAUGGCCUGUGCCCAAUUGUGCCGAGGGCUGCCCGGGCUCCUGGAUUAAAGAUGGCUAUUGUGACAAGGCCUGUAAUAAUUCAGCCUGUGACUGGGAUGGUGGUGAUUGCUCGGGUAACAGUGGAGGGAGUCGCUAUGCCGCAGGAGGUGGGGGUACCGGGAAUAUUGGAGUCGGACAGCCCUGGCAAUUUGGUGGAGGAAUAAAUAGUGUCUCUUACUGUAACCAAGGGUGUGCGAAUUCCUGGCUCGCAGACAAAUUCUGUGACCAGGCCUGCAACGUCUUGUCCUGUGGAUUUGAUGCUGGUGACUGUGGACAAGAUCAUUUUCAUGAAUUGUAUAAAGUAACUCUUCUCCCAAACCAGACUCACUAUGUUAUCCCCAAAGGUGAACACCUGUCUUAUUUCAGCUUUGCAAAAAUAGCCAAAAGAGGAAUCGAAGGCGCCUACAGUGACAAUCCAAUAAUCCGACAUGCAUCCAUUGCAAACAAGUGGAAAACCAUACACCUCAUACUGCACAGCGGAAUGAAUGCCACCGUGAUACAGUUUAAUCUCACACUCCAAAACGCAAAUGAUCAGGAAUUCAAAUUCCAGAUAACGGUAGAGGUGGACACGAGGGAGGUACCAAAGCUCAAUACUACAACCCAGAAGGCCUAUGAAAAUGUGGUUAGCCCAGUGACACCUUUUCCCCAGGCUGAAAUCCCUUUUGAAGAUGUUCCCAAAGGGAAACGCUUCCCCAAGGUCAGGAGACAUGAUGUAAACACAACAGGGAGAUUCCAAGAGGAGGUAAAAAUCCCCGUGGUCAAUAUUUCACUCCUUCCGAAAGAGGCCCAGGUGAGACUGACCAAGUUGGAUCUGCAGCUGGAACUUGGAGACAUCACUCUGAAAGGAUAUAAUUUAUCCAAGUCAGCCCUGCUGAAGUCUUUCCUGGGGAACUCACUAGAUACUAAAGUAAAACCUCCAGCCAGAAGGACUGACCAUACAAAUGACAAUUUGGAGGUCCCACAGGAAAAGCCCUCUCACGGAAGCCCAGGUGGCUUUGUUGCUCGUCAGAGAUCAGAGACAUGGACGUCCCCAGUGGGGACAGUGAGCAUGAAUGGCGGUGACCACGAUUUAAAUCCACCUCCAGUCUUGGAGGCCCAUGCAAGACUUAAGUUGGAAACUCAGACUCAACAUGCAGUAGGGGCGAGUGCACCCAAAGAAGAGCUCACGGGGAAAGGAGAGGAGAGAGGCAGAGUGGAGGGCACCGCUGACAGCCACGUGACCGUAAACGAGGUAGUGCCUGGGAGGAGGCUGCGGCACUACACAGAGAGCUACCCGGGCUUCUUGCCUUGGGAGAAAAAGAAGUAUUUCCAAGACCUUCUUGAUGAGGAAGAGUCAUUGAAGACACAGCUGGCAUACUUUACUGACAGCAAGCAUACAGGGCGGCAACUAAAAGAUACGUUUGCAGACUCACUCCGAUACGUCAAUAAGAUCCUAAACAGCAAGUUUGGAUUCACAUCCAGGAAAGUCCCCGCGCAUAUGCCCCACAUGAUUAACAGAAUUGUUAUGCAAGAACUACAAGACAUGUUCCCCGAAGAGUUUGACAAGACGUCAUUUCACAAGGUGCGCCACUCUGAGGACAUGCAGUUUGCCUUCUCAUAUUUCUAUUAUCUCAUGAGUGCAGUUCAGCCCCUGAAUAUUUCUCAAGUAUUUGAUGAAGUAGAUACAGACCAAUCCGGUGUCUUGUCUGAUAGAGAAAUCCGAACGCUGGCUACCAGAAUUCAUGAUCUGCCUUUAAGCUUGCAGGAUUUGACAGGUUUGGAACACAUGUUGAUAAACUGCUCUAAAACACUUCCUGCUAAUGUCACUCAACUGAGCAGUAUCCCAACAACUCAGGAAGCAUACUACGAUCCCAAUCUGCCACCAGUCACUAAAAGUCUUGUCACCAACUGUAACCCAGUAACUGACAAGAUCCACAAAGCAUAUAAAGACAAGAACAAAUAUAGGUUUGAAAUAAUGGGAGAAGAAGAAAUCGCUUUCAAAAUGAUUCGUACCAAUGUUUCUCAUGUGGUUGGCCAGCUGGAUGACAUAAGAAAAAACCCCAGGAAGUUUGUCUGUCUGAAUGACAACAUUGACCACAAUCAUAAAGACGCCCAGACAGUCAAGGCCGUGCUCAGAGACUUCUAUGAAUCCAUGUUUCCCAUACCUUCCCAGUUUGAGCUGCCGAGAGAGUAUCGGAACCGCUUUCUUCACAUGCAUGAGCUGCAGGAAUGGAGGGCAUAUCGAGACAAGUUGAAGUUUUGGACCCAUUGCGUCCUAGCAACAUUGAUUAUAUUUACUAUAUUCUCAUUCUUUGCUGAACAGAUAAUUGCCCUUAAGCGGAAGAUAUUUCCCCGGAGGAGGAUACACAAGGAAGCUAGUCCAGAUCGAAUCAGGGUGUAGAAGACCUUCAUUUGAAAAUCACCUACCUCAGCGUCUUCUGAACAUCUCACACUUGGCCAUCACAGGGGUGUCCCCAUGAUGUGACGCACAGACACAGGGUGUCCCCAUGAUCCGACGCACAGACACGGGAUGUCCCCAUGAUGUGACGCACAGACACAGGGUGUCCCCAUGAUGUGACAUACAGACACGGGGGUGUCUCCAUGAUGUAAUACACAGACACAGGAUGUCCCCGUGAUGUGACAGACAGCCUGCUCGGAAGAAGGGACAGCGUGCAGACGUGUUCUUCUGCAGCAUGAAGAGCCUCCUGCCCUGGAAUUAGUGAGCACGCCGGGAAGCUGUGCUGACAGCUGUACAACUUGUACUUUUAAAGGAUUUGCGGAAGGACCUGUCAGCUUUGAUGAACCCUCGCUGAUUGGCUGCAGGUUUCCCCCCAUACUCGCUGCAGCCCAAGAAGCCAGGCCAGCCUGGGAGCAAGUGCUGAGGGACACCAGGCUUUGCAUGCCAAAGUCUAUCAGUGUAACUUUUCAUUUUCCUCUUCCUUUUAUCCAUUGCUCAUUUUUUAAAAUAAGUAGCUACUAAGCUAGUUAUUCUCUCUUCUGAAAAUAACGAAUCAGGAUGUCCAAACAUGUUUGUGUAGAUCUUAUUUAAAUAAUGUAGAAGUAUCACUUCCUUUUAGCACAUCUAAAUUAUUGACUUUAUUAACAUUCAAGUGGUCUUGAAUUACUAAUAGCUACUGAAGAGCUCGGGGACUGUUGCUACAGUACUCUGUUUGACUUAGUCCCUAGGGUACUGUAAUUUUUGUCAGCAGGCCUAAUUGCAAAGGGCUAAGUAUCAAGUACCAAUGCUAAUCACCAGAUGUAAUUAUGUCUUGGAAAUGUACAUACGCAAACAAAAGUGCCUCACUUCAGAAAUGAGGAGUUCUGGGGCACCAGCACAGGACUGUGGUGUCCAGGUGAAAAUCCACUGUAUCUUCCAACAGCUCACUAGCACACUCUCAGCCAACUUUUUCUGUAAAGAAAUAGAGAAUAAAUAAUGAGACACAUCUGUCUUAGACAGACAGGCUUCUUUGCUUACUAUUUUUGUUUGCGGUUUUUGUUUUUUUUCAACAACCCAAUAAAAAGAUGACAACCAGUUUUAGGUUGCAGCUAUGAAACUAGCCCCAGCCAGAUUUGACUCAAGACUAUUGUUGGCAGACCGGAGAACCAGCCUCAUUUUUAGGUAUGGAUAAACAAACCCUGACAUCAGCCAUGCUCUGUUAUAUCAUUAUACAGUGGUUUUGUGGAGACCUGAUUCCAUGAGUCCGUUUUGAAUUCUGACAGAUAUCUUUGAUCAUGAUCUCAAUAGUAUUCUUCCCAAAUGGCACACAUUUUUGUAAAGAUAACUUGAAAUGUAAAUACUGUGUUUGUGCUGUAAAUUUUGUGUAUUUCAAAAACUGAAGUCUCAUAAAAAAAAGAUCACA